AUGGGUAGUAGUAGCAUUGACAAUGUCAAGUGGACACAAGUUGAGUUAAAAAUUUUCAUUGAAUUCAUGAUUGAUAAUGUGAAAUGCGGGAAUAAAACUGCUAGUACAUUCAACAAAACUGGUUGGAAUGACAUUAAGACCCGUAUGGAGAAUUAUCUGGGACGUUCCAUUUCAAAUGAACAAUUGCGUAACAAGAUUUACAAGCUGCGGACAGAAUACAGUAACUUCAAGAAGCUACUAGAUACAACGGGUUUUGGUUGGCAUUCCAUGACAAGGACAGCCACAGUUGAUGAUGAAUCAGCAAAUCCAACAUGGUCUAAAUUUAAGAAAAAUGGAUUAUCCUACUGGCCAGAGUUGUGUAUCAUCUUUGAAGACUCAUAUGCACGGGGGAAUAUAGGAUCGUGCAGCACCGAACCUAUUAUUGACAUGACAGAGGGUAAUGAAGAUAAUAUAGUAUAUACACCUCCCCCCACUGAGAGAUUCCAUGAUAAUAUAGAUGGUUUUGAGGAAAACGAGAACUCGAACAAAAGUGUCCGCGAUAGUACACCGCCAUCCCGUAGGAAAAAGAGUAUGACUGGAGAUGCAAUAACUUCAUUGAACCAACUUGGUAGGUAUAUGAAUUGGAAAAUGGAGAAGGCGACGAGUACUUCUGUCACAUCUCCAAUUCGAGGUGCUUGUGCUACAUCAGAAUAUAGUGCUAGUGCUUGUCAAGCUAUACUGGACAGCAUUGAUGAUGUUCCUAAGGACCAGUAUGUGAAGACUAUUGAUCGUAUGUGUGUUGAUCCAGUAUGGAGGGAGAUCUUUAUUACAGCUAAACCUGAAAAAUGGGCUUGGAUACUUGAUGGUUUAAAGUAG